GAUACCCUUCUCGAAUCUCUUGUAUACUUCAGCAUCCGCGAUUCGGCGUAGAAGAGAGGGAGAGAGAGAGAGAGAGAGAGAGAGAGCCCUCGGACGCCAUGGCCACCGAAUUCAAGUCUAUCCCCAUAGUAGAUGUAGGCCCUCUUUUAGCCAAGUGGAAUGAUCCAAACAUGAUCGAAGACGGAGGCGUGCUGGAAGUUGUCAGGCAGUUAGAUAGGGCUUGCAGAGAAGCUGGGUUCUUUUAUGUGAAAGGUCAUGGUGUCCCAGAUUCCAUUAUCAAAGAGGUUAGAGAUGUAACACACAGAUUCUUCAGUCUACCUUAUGAGGAAAAACUAAACAUCAAAAUUUCUCCUGAAGCUGGAUACAGGGGAUAUCAGCGGGUUGGGGAAAAUAUAACUAAAGGUGUUCCUGACAUGCAUGAAGCUAUUGAUUGCUACAGAGAAGUGAAUGCAGGGAUGUAUGGAGCUCUUGGAAAACCUCUAGAAGGACAGAACCAAUGGCCAAUUAAUCCUCCAAGUAUGAAACAAUUGAUGGAUGAGUAUAUCAGCCUUUGUACAGAUCUUUCAAGAAAAAUUAUGCGGGGAAUUGCUCUAGCACUUGGUGCACCAGCAGAUGGAUUUGAAGGUGAAAUAGCUGGGGACCCAUUUUGGGUGUUGCGAAUUAUUGGUUACCCUGGUGCAUCUCAUGCAAAUGGCCAGGACAAGCCAGAAAAUGACAUAGGAUGUGGAGCUCACACUGACUAUGGUUUGUUGACAUUAGUAAAUCAAGAUGAUGAUAUAACUGCACUUCAGGUGAGAAACCUAUGUGGUGAAUGGAUAUUGGCUCCUCCCAUCCCUGGCACAUUUGUUUGCAAUAUUGGUGACAUGCUAAAGAUUCUAUCAAAUGGACUCUAUGAGUCUACUCUGCAUCGAGUCAUCAACUUCUCCCCAAAUUAUCGUGUCUGUGUGGCCUACUUUUAUGAGACCAACUUUGAAGCGGCUGCAGAGCCUUUGGAUGCUUGUGUAAAGAGAACUGGCGGAACCAAGAAAUUUGAAAGAGCUAUUUAUGGAGAGCAUUUAGUUAGCAAAGUACAAACCAAUUUUGUAAAAGAUGAAUCAGAUUCUUGAACUUUUAAACUUCAUUCUAUUUUGAUAAACUAAUAAUUUCAAUGUCGUGUAGACUGUAUCUAAACCGGUAUUGAAUAUUGUCUGUUGCUAAGAUGUACAUUAAGUUGCUUAAA